GACGAGUACGGAUUUGUAGUUGCGACAGUCUCUCGCGCGCAGUAGUCGGCUCCUGUGGGUGGUCAGACAGGGGGUGAUUCUCGUAGAGGGUUGCGAACGGUGCGGGCAACAGGGGGGGAGGGCGUCGAGGCGCCUCGAAACUAGUUCCCUUAGAGUCCGCUGCGCGAGAUUGGCGCGUGGCGGUGCAAUAACGUCCGCGUCGGGUUUGUCUAAUCGCGACAGUCCUCGAGAGAACCUUUUCUGGCGAGCGUUGAAAAAAAAAAAUAGGGAAAACGAGGAAAAGGGGAAACGCGUCGCCAGAGGCUGCCGCGUUGGUCUUGGGGGAACAGUAGUAAAUCUCGUUCUCUGGUGAACAGUGAAAAGCCGUUUUCGCGAGCGACGAGCUUUACAGGAGGACACGAGGAGGUAAGGGGGUUGGAUUUAUUCGCGGACGAGAGGAAAACGUUAGACCAGAGAGUGCUAGUGGGCGAACAAGUGAGAGGGUUCGGAACGGGGGGUUGAAAAAAGAGUGAGACAGUGCUAGAGGGGGACCAGAGGCUGGCGAGAGAAACACAGAGAACAACGGUGUUUCGAGAGGGUGGAAGAGAGGCAGCCUCGAAGACAGAGGGGUGAAACGCGACAGAAAUACGCGCGCGCGCGCGCGCGUCUAUCUGCCAGGUGGAAACGACGGAUAAAGGAAGUGGGAAAGGACCCGGUUCGGCGAGGAAAGUCAACGGCGAGAAGAACGGGCAGGAAGGCAGGAGAUAGGAUCGGCCAGGAUUCGCCACCAGGGACCUGGUGGAACAGUUUCAGCGGUAACGGGGUUGACAGCGAUACGCGAGGCAGGAACGCGUCGGGUCUGUCCCCCAGUAAGGGACCGUCGCGCGCAACGCGAUCAAUUUUCGUUGCGACGCGGGCGGUGAGACUGGAGGAAAGGAAGAAAUGACGACUGCGGCGAGAUACCGAUAACCGGCCAGAUAAUGUUGUCGCAGAGCAAGUUUUACGCUCUCUUUAUCCACUACACGUUUGUGUAGCGCGACACACGGGGCGGGUCCUUGCCGCUGCGGUGAAGAACAGAGGAAAGUUUGGAAGAAGAGUGGAAGAGAGACAAGAGGGUCGAAAGAGGCGCGUGAAAGAACAAAGGACAAGAAAGAAGGGUGGGAAAGGAAGAGUCAUCGUUCAGGAAAAUCCCUUUGGUGGAAAAGCCCGAAAGACGAGACCCCGAGGAGCGACACGAAACGAAGAGGAUCGAAACAGUGGGAUAAAAGGGGGACAGAGACAGAGGGAAAACGGGAGUUUGAUUCGUGGUACGGUGUUUAAGUUUACAGUGUCGUUGCUUGGUAGUGUGCUAUUCUUGCCGAAGCUGAACAAGCAAGGCCCGCGGAGGUAUCUCAGAACCCGCCCCUCCUCGACAUCGCAGUGCCUCUUCUCCAUAUCGCUACGUCGUACUUCUUUUCGUUCAAGCGACUAUUCCACUCCACUGGGGAAACUCCUCGACCAUAAGUAUCGAUCGACUCGAAGAUCAGACUAUGUUAUUUCGGAUAACGGAUUGAUCGCACCCGUCGCUUCAUUCACACGUCGGACAUGAAAAAUCUUGGUUCGCGUUGGACGGUCCCCGACAUAGCACGCACUGCCGCAGCGCGUUCGUCAUUUCUCGUCGCCAUUUCGUCGGAACGAGAUUCAGGUAGCAGCAGCAGCAGCAGCAGCAUUAGCAUCAAAAACAGGAGAAGCAACGUUAGAGGUAGCGGGAGCAUCGGUAUCGCGAGUAUCGGCGGUGGCCACUGUGUGAACGAGCGCGUCACGGCGAUCGACAAGAAGAGGGAAAGGAAUAGCUACGGCAGAUCGGCAGUCGACGUGCUGCACGAAGCGCAUUUAUCCGUCCGAUCGUGCGUAACGGCGUCGUCAAAUCGCAUCGACGGCACGACGCGUCCCGAAUCGACGCCUAGGCGCCGGCACCUAGCCGGGAAAUCGCGCGGUUUCCAGCAUCGGUCUCGUCCUCGUCAGCCGCAGCCGCAGCCACCGCAGCAGCCACUCUAUUACCCCCCCGCAUCGUGGGACUCGCGCACAUUACACUUCAGAAACUGUUAGCACCGAUCAAAAGAAGGUGGCUCAGCUGUGUGCAGCUUAGACAAUGUCCGAAGAUUCUGACUCUGUAUCAGAGGAAGAAAGAAGUUUGUUCCGUCCGUUCACGCGGGAGUCCCUGGCAGCGAUCGAGGCUCGCAUUGCCGAAGAACAUGCCAAGCAGAAGGAGCUCGAGAAGAAGAGAGCGGAAGGCGAGAUAUGUUCGCGUACGAGCUCGAUGUCUUCAGUGUCACUAUCUGUGCCUGUUUCUGGAGGUUUUGGACGGAAGAAAAAGAAAAAAGAAAUUCGGUAUGACGACGAGGACGAGGACGAGGGUCCUCAGCCGGAUCCGAUGCUCGAGCAAGGAGCACCGAUCCCGGUCCGACUGCACAACGAAUUUCCACCCGAGUUGGCCUCCACACCUCUCGAGGAUAUCGAUAGUUUCUAUCAUAACCAAAGGACCUUCGUCGUCAUCAGCAAGGGAAAGGACAUAUUCAGGUUCUCAGCGACAGAUGCGAUGUGGAUCCUCGACCCGUUCAACCCUAUACGACGCGUGGCCAUUUACAUAUUGGUUCACCCACUGUUCUCCCUCUUCAUUAUCACUACAAUAUUGGUUAACUGCAUACUCAUGAUCAUGCCCACUACGCCCACCAUCGAGUCUACGGAAGUGAUAUUUACGGGCAUCUACACAUUUGAGUCCGCCGUUAAGGUGAUGGCGAGGGGUUUCAUUCUGCAGCCUUUUACCUAUCUUAGAGAUGCAUGGAAUUGGCUCGACUUCGUAGUUAUAGCUUUAGCUUAUGUGACGAUGGGCAUAGAUCUAGGCAACCUUGCCGCUCUCAGGACAUUUCGAGUCCUCCGAGCCUUGAAGACUGUCGCUAUUGUACCAGGUCUGAAAACCAUUGUCGGCGCUGUGAUAGAAUCCGUGAAGAACCUGCGCGAUGUGAUAAUCCUGACGAUGUUCUCUCUUUCCGUCUUUGCGCUGAUGGGCCUCCAGAUUUACAUGGGGGUUCUCACGCAAAAGUGUAUAAAAAACUUUCCCGAGGACGGCUCCUGGGGGAAUCUCACCGAUGAAAACUGGGAGCGAUUCGUUAGUAACGAAACAAAUUGGUACGUGGACGAGGCGAAAAACAUGCCCCUGUGCGGAAAUUCAUCUGGAGCAGGGCAGUGCCUUCCUGGCUACACGUGUUUACAAGGAUAUGGCGAUAAUCCGAAUUACGGUUAUACGAGUUUCGACACCUUUGGCUGGGCCUUACUUUCCGCGUUUCGUCUCAUGACCCAAGAUUACUGGGAGAAUCUCUAUCAGUUGGUACUAAGAUCUGCCGGUCCUUGGCACAUGUUAUUUUUCAUUGUCAUCAUCUUCCUCGGCUCCUUCUAUCUUGUCAACUUGAUCCUCGCUAUCGUCGCCAUGUCGUACGAUGAAUUGCAAAAGAAAGCAGAGGAGGAAGAGGCUGCAGAGGAGGAAGCCAUUAGAGAAGCAGAGGAAGCCGCUCUGGCGAAGGAGAACAAGCUGGCGGCACAGGCAGCCGCUAGGGAGGCGGCAGCAGUUGCUUCGGCUGCAAAUGCAGCUGAGCAAAUCGUGAAGUCUCCCUCGGAUUUCUCGUGUCACAGUUAUGAGCUCUUCGUCGGGCAGGAAAGAGGAAACGAUGACAACAAUAAGGAAAGAAUGAGCAUACGUUCGAUCGAAUCAGUCAGCGAGCAAAGAGUGAAACAAAUCAACAACCACACCACCACCACGAAAGUGCGAAAAGUCAGCGCCGUCUCUCGCGCCGCUAAUGGCCAGUUUACUUAUGCCUACCAGGAAAGCCUGCGGAAGGCGAGCCUUAGUCUACCUGGCUCACCGUUUAAUCUUCGUCGAAGCAGUCGUGGUAGCCAUCAGUUCACGAUAAGAAACGGUCGUGGCCGUUUCGUCGCGCCACCAGGUGGUGACAGGAAGCCCCUGGUGCUCUCCACGUACCUCGACGCCCAGGAACACCUACCGUACGCCGACGACUCGAACGCGGUCACGCCUAUGUCGGAGGAGAACGGUACCAUCGUGGUGUCGGGUUACUAUGCCAACCUUGGGUCGAGACACUCGUCGUACACGUCGCACGCCUCGCGGUUUUCGUAUACAUCGCACGGCGAUCUUAUCGGUGGCAUCGCCAACGCUGGGAAACCGAUGACGAAGGAGAGUCAACUGAGGAUCAGGUCGGUCAGGCCUCCGUCUGUCAACGGACACUUUACGGAUUCUAACCAGAAGUACCAUUAUGAGGGCGAUCUGGAGGAUCCCAUGGGCAAGGCAAAGCAACAAGACAAUCCGUUUAUAGAGCCUUCUCAACAGCACGCAGUCGUCGAUAUGAAAGACGUGAUGGUACUGAACGAUAUCAUAGAACAGGCAGCAGGUCGUCAGAGCAGAACACCAGAGCAAGGAGUUUCGACCUAUUACUUUCCGACAGACGACGAUGAAGAAGGGCCCAGGUUCAAGGAAAAAGCGCUGGCCGCGAUGCUACGGUGCAUCGAUAUCUUCUGCGUGUGGGAUUGCUGCUGGUUGUGGCUUGAAAUACAAAAAUACGUGUCACUUGUGGUGUUCGAUCCCUUCGUAGAGCUUUUCAUCACCAUUUGUAUCGUCGUCAACACGCUCUUCAUGGCGUUGGAUCACCACGACAUGGACAAGGAUAUGGACAAGGUGCUCAAGACGGGAAACUAUUUCUUCACGGCGACAUUCGGUAUCGAAGCAGGCAUGAAAUUAAUAGCAAUGAGUCCCAAGUAUUACUUUCAAGAAGGGUGGAACAUUUUCGACUUUAUCAUCGUCGCUCUCUCGCUUCUGGAGUUAGGCUUGGAAGGUGUGCAAGGUCUAUCCGUGUUACGAUCGUUCAGAUUGCUAAGAGUGUUCAAGCUGGCGAAAUCGUGGCCCACGUUGAAUCUGCUGAUCUCCAUCAUGGGCAGAACGGUGGGUGCGUUGGGUAACCUGACGUUCGUCUUGUGCAUCAUCAUCUUCAUCUUCGCCGUGAUGGGCAUGCAGCUAUUCGGCAAGAACUACACGGACAACGUCGACCGUUUCCCCGACGGGGAACUUCCAAGAUGGAACUUCACCGAUUUCAUGCAUUCGUUCAUGAUCGUCUUUCGCGUGCUGUGCGGAGAAUGGAUCGAGUCCAUGUGGGACUGUAUGCUCGUGGGCGAUGUCUCUUGCAUACCAUUCUUCUUGGCUACGGUUGUCAUUGGUAAUCUGGUUGUGCUGAAUCUCUUCUUGGCCUUGUUGCUGAGCAACUUCGGUUCGUCGAAUCUUUCGGCGCCGACCGCAGACAACGAUACGAACAAGAUCGCGGAGGCGAUCAAUCGAAUAUCACGUUUCGUUAACUGGAUCAAGCGAAAUGUCCUUUAUCUUGCUAAAUUGAUGCGAGCCAAAUUCACCAAUCAGAUAUCCGAUCAGGCGCCAGGUGAGGGACCGUCCAACAGUUGGAAAGAAGAUGGAAUUGAUCGCGACGGGGACCUAGAUCUUGCAGAUGGCGAGUUGGACGCCUAUAGGGAUAAAAAGAGUGCCAAGGAGCUCAACCAACUUGAGGUUGCUAUUGGAGAUGGAAUGGAGUUUACUAUUCAUGGAGAUCUGAAGAAUAAAUUGAAGAAGGGCAAACUGUGCAUGAACAACAGCAAGAUUAUAGGGAAUUCGAUACACUACAGGAUGGAUCAUGAUUAUAUUAAUCAGAACGAGGAUGACACGAUCAGCAACAAAUCGUACGGCAGCCACAAGAACAGGGUAUUCAAAGAUGAAAGUCACAAGGGAAGUAUGGACUCUUUGGACGGCGAAGAGAAGAAGGACGCGAGCAAAGAAGACCUGGAACAAGAAGAAGACCUCGAAGAAGGAGGGGAGGAAGAGGAGGGCGAGUUAGGGGACGCCAUUAUCCAAGCAGAGGACGACUAUCCAGCUGAUUGUUGUCCAGAAAAUUGUUACAAGAAGUUUCCAUUCCUGGCAGGCGACGACGACGCGCCAUUUUGGCAAGGCUGGGCGAAUUUGAGAUUGAAGACCUUCCAGCUAAUCGAGAACAAGUAUUUUGAGACUGCCGUCAUUUUGAUGAUUCUUUUGAGUAGUAUGGCACUCGCCUUGGAAGACGUGCACCUUUCCGCACGACCUAUUCUGCAAGACAUCUUGUACUACAUGGACCGAAUAUUCACUGUGAUUUUCUUCCUCGAAAUGUUGAUCAAAUGGUUGGCUCUCGGUUUCAAAAAGUACUUCACGAACGCUUGGUGCUGGCUUGAUUUCAUCAUUGUCAUGGUGUCACUCAUUAACUUCGUAGCGUCGCUCUGUGGCGCUGGCGGGAUCCAAGCCUUCAAAACAAUGAGGACCCUAAGGGCCCUAAGGCCACUCAGGGCGAUGUCUAGAAUGCAGGGAAUGCGGGUAGUCGUCAACGCUUUGGUUCAAGCCAUUCCAUCCAUUUUCAACGUGUUACUGGUGUGUCUUAUUUUCUGGCUGAUCUUCGCCAUCAUGGGUGUGCAGCUUUUCGCUGGCAAAUACUUCAAGUGUGUAGACGCAAACAAAACAACGUUGAGCUUCGAAAUAAUCCCCGACCGAAACGCCUGUAUAGCUGAGAACUACACUUGGGAGAAUUCGCCAAUGAAUUUCGAUCACGUAGGAAAAGCGUAUCUGUGCUUGUUCCAAGUGGCAACGUUCAAGGGAUGGAUUCAGAUCAUGAACGACGCUAUCGAUUCCAGGGAGCUCAACAAGCAACCAAUUCGUGAAACGAACAUCUACAUGUACUUCUAUUUUGUAUUCUUCAUUAUAUUCGGAUCGUUUUUUACCCUUAAUCUAUUCAUUGGAGUGAUCAUCGACAACUUCAACGAGCAGAAGAAGAAGGCUGGGGGUUCCCUAGAAAUGUUCAUGACGGAGGAUCAGAAGAAAUACUACAACGCUAUGAAGAAAAUGGGUAGCAAGAAGCCGCUGAAGGCCAUUCCGCGUCCAAGAUGGCGACCGCAGGCGAUAGUGUUUGAAAUAGUGACGGACAAAAAGUUCGAUAUGAUAAUCAUGUUGUUUAUCGGGCUGAACAUGGUUACGAUGACGUUGGACCAUUAUCAACAGACCCAGACUUUCAGCGACGUUCUAGACUAUCUGAACAUGAUAUUCAUUGUGAUAUUCACCAGCGAGUGUCUCAUGAAGAUCUUCGCGCUGCGUUACCACUAUUUCAAGGAGCCGUGGAACCUCUUUGAUUUUGUUGUUGUUAUAUUGUCAAUAUUAGGUCUGGUUCUCAGCGACAUCAUCGAGAAAUACUUCGUCUCUCCGACGUUGCUUCGUGUUGUAAGGGUGGCGAAAGUCGGACGUGUGCUUCGACUCGUGAAAGGUGCCAAGGGCAUUCGAACUCUUCUCUUCGCCUUGGCGAUGUCGUUACCAGCCCUCUUCAAUAUUUGCCUAUUAUUGUUUUUGGUGAUGUUUAUCUUCGCGAUAUUUGGGAUGUCUUUCUUCAUGCACGUCAAAGACAAGAGUGGACUGGACGAUGUGUACAAUUUCAAGACGUUUGGCCAGUCGAUGAUAUUGCUAUUCCAGAUGUCCACGUCCGCCGGUUGGGACGGUGUGCUGGACGGCAUAAUAAACGAGGAGGACUGCCAGGAGCCGAACAACGAGAUAGGAUACCCGGGUAAUUGCGGUUCCUCGACGAUCGGGAUCGCCUAUCUUCUCUCGUACCUGGUGAUUAGCUUCCUGAUCGUGAUAAACAUGUACAUCGCCGUGAUCCUGGAGAAUUACUCUCAGGCGACCGAGGACGUGCAGGAAGGUCUUACGGACGACGAUUACGACAUGUACUACGAGAUAUGGCAACAGUUCGAUCCGGACGGGACGCAGUACAUCAGAUAUGAUCAGCUGUCCGACUUCUUGGACGUGUUGGAGCCACCGUUGCAGAUACACAAACCGAACAAAUACAAGAUCGUAUCGAUGGACAUCCCCAUAUGUAAGGGCGAUCUGAUGUUCUGCGUGGACAUCCUUGACGCUCUGACGAAGGACUUCUUCGCGCGCAAGGGCAAUCCCAUAGAGGAGACGGGCGACAUCGACGUUCAGGCGCGUCCGGACGAGGCCGGCUAUGAGCCGGUGUCGUCCACCCUUUGGCGUCAACGCGAGGAGUAUUGCGCACGUCUCAUACAAAACGCUUGGCGAAAGCACAAACAGCAACGUCUGGGCGGUCCUAGCGAGGAAAGCGACGACGCAGACAUGGACCCGCGUGUGAGACAGACCGCGGUCCUGGUCGAGAGCGACGGUUUCGUGACAAAGAACGGUCACAGGGUCGUGAUACACAGCCGAUCGCCAAGCGUCACCUCGAGAACAGCGGACGUCUGAUCGCCGACGUCGACGUCUCCAGCACCGCCACCGUCGUAGCUAGCGUCGCCGUAGCCACCCCGGUGCCCGUCCGUGCGACGAACUCGCUCCAGUUGCAGCAUCGCCGAGAAACGGAUAUCCUGGACACGAAGCGUCGAUCCUGCACCGACAGAGCCGUUGACAACUGCUCUAGGGGAGCCAGCGGCCUCACGGACCUCGCGCGCGCGCUCUCCAUCGACAGCCUUAUAGUUGUAUAAAAAGAAACGAAACAAAGAAAAGAAAAAAAAUACUUAAAAUGAAAAAAGAAAAAUACAAAUUCCUCUAACGAGUUGCCUUCAAUCGACUCUAAAACGCCACGAUCGUUGGGAGCGACACGCCGUAAGGAGCGUGAACGACGAGUAUUCUGGGAGCUGUUCAACGAGAAGAGAGAACACGAGAAGAAGACUGCGCCGUGUUUGCGAUGCAAAGUUUGCGUACGCUCGCGGUAGCGGAGGACACGAGUCGGUGGGAUCGGUUCGGUGGUCAUUGGGGCACGAUAAGGGGGAACGCACGAAGAGGAAUCGAAAGACAAAAGAGCCCUGAGAAUCG